AACGUUUGGCAGCUUCAUCUCUUGUGGGUGUGAGCUGAGACGUUCUAGAAACGAGCUGCGAACGGCAUCUGAAUUUUAACAAACAGGAACCGAAUUGUUUUCAAAUAGCUGGCUAUGUUAUCGACAUUGUUUGAUUGUUAAUAUCUGUUUCAUUUUGAUCAAAUUUGUCGUCCGUUAAGACGUCAAUUAAACACUCAAAACGAGAAUUGAUGGUUCUUGCUCUCCGUUCCUGUUGGAUUUGACCUGCCCUGUUGCAGCCUCAGCAGCAUGUUGUCCAGUCUCUCCAGCCCCUGCCUAUCCUUGUCACCGUGGGGGCAGCUAUUGACUGCCUGGCUCACAGGAGACAUGUCUAUAGUGUCGUCCUCCUCACAAAGGUCUGAGAGCUGACAUCCACCACAGUGUCCUACAGACAGACUUAGCUACUGAAGUCCUGAUCAGGAUUCGCGGUCUGUCAAUGAGGAACUACAGGCUCAUCUUUUGCCAUAACCUGAAGCAGCCAUAGAUGACCAUUCGAUUCACUGCUAGUGAGUGGUGCUGAAGAUAAGGUGAACUACUGGGUGUUUUAAGUGCUGAACGACCUUCGGAAGCAGCUCGGCUGUGGAAGCGAUGAGGAAGAGCCUCUCUCCUUCCCCCAGCAACUCCCUGACACCAGCCAGGGUUUUUGGGGUUCCCCUAGAUGAGGUGCAGCAGAGAGGCCAGCCAGGCCAGGAGGUCCCCCUACUGGUCAGGCACAUCGUAGAGUACAUCGAGGAGCACGGGCGUCUGGAUCUGGAGGGGCUGUUCCUGGUCAACGGUAACGCGGAGCGGGUGGAGUGGCUACGGCAGCGCUAUGACUCUGGGGAGGAGGUGGACCUGGAGAAAGAGGCUGACCUAGCCUCGGCCGUCAGCCUGCUCCGUCUUUUCCUGCAGGAGCUCCCAGAGCCCAUCAUCCCUGCAAGCAUGCAGGCCCACAUCCUGCAGCUCUACCAAGACUACAGCAGUGAGGAGGAGGUCGCCCGCAACAUGAAGUACUUCCUCCAGCAGCUGCCUCAGGUCAACUACAGCCUGCUACGCUUCCUGUGCCGCUUCCUGUCCAGCGUGGCCUCACUCCAGGAGGAGAGCUGGAGCGUUGGAGCCCUUGCCGCCGUCUUCGGACCCGACAUCUUCCAUUUAGACACGGACGUGGAGGACCUGAAGGAGCAGGAGUCAGUGAGCCGCAUCCUGGCGGAGCUGCUGGAGAAUCGGGAGGAGUUCUUUGACUCGGAGGACGAUGACGUUUCCACUACCAACGACUACAGCUCCAUCAACCAACAGAUCACAGAACUCCUGGACGAUGACAAAUUAGAGGCGUUUGAUGAGCUGCCCCAAGAUGGCGAGGACGGCCCCCCCCCCGCCUCCGAAUCCCCCCAACACAGUAACACCCAGGUCCAGGUCACCCCCUCUUCAAGCAUUAUAAAGAGGACCAUCCGUGCAACGGUGGGACAGCACUUCUUUUACCUCAAGAGCUCCAUCGACCAUGAGAUCAUCUAUGAGAGCCAAGGGGUGGGCCCCAGUGAGAGGCCAGUGGCAGGGCCGGGGCCAUGCGAGGGCCAUGUAGAAGAGGGCCUGUGUGAGAGUGAGGAGGGCCCAACAAGCAGUCCCCUGUCAGCCCCAGAGACAGAACAGCACUCAGAGCACAGCCCUGAGGACCAACAGGAGGUCCAGGAUUGUGACUCUCACAACGCCACCCUGGAAGAGAGUUCUGGAAUAGACCUGGACGCCGCCGAGGCUCUCAUAGACGCAGAGAACAAUAUCAACACGGCCAGGCGAGAAAACCAAGCCUGUGGGAAGAUGGACCAGGCUGAUCUCAUCACCUGUGACUCUGAUGUGUGUGAGUGUGACCAGAAUGCCAACACAGACGCCAAGGGAUACCCCUCUCACCCUGCCAGCUGCCCCAGCUCCCACCAACCCCACCGCAUCUUCCCCCACAGUCAGUGGGAAGCACCAUCCCCAAACCAUCUCCCCCUCAUAGACUUCACAUGUAUGCACCUGCAGGGGAGAGGCCAUGACCCCGUGCCAGCCUUCAAGUCGUGGCAGGAUGAGAGUGACUCUGGUGAGGCCCAGCUGUCCCCCCUGGCCGGGCGCAUGGUGCCCCUGCCCCACGAGGAGGACUCCCAUCCCCUCAUGGCCCGCUGCUUCAUGGACUUUGGCCACAGCCAACGCUUCCUGCAGCACCCUGACGCAACCUCGCCCACUAAAGCCCACCAGUCCCUGGGGAGGCCUCACCGUGCCUCCUUCACUUCCAAAGAGAGCGCUGUGAGGAACGACCCUGUCUCCCACCAGCUCACCAAAAAGCUACAGAACCUCAAGAAGAAGAUCAAACAAUUUGAGGAACAGUUUGAGAAAGAGAGGAACUACAAGCCGUCUCAUGGUGAUAGUGCAGCUAACCCAAAGGUCCUCAAGUGGAUGACCGACCUCACCAAAAUCCGCAAACAGUUAAAAGGAAGACAGCAUCUCUUUCCCAAAGGGUCCUUGAGGCACCAGGCGGUGCUUCAGUCAUACAGACGCCACCACCCCUCCACCUCCUCCGCCCCGAACACACCCCAUUUUACACUUGCACGCCCCCUCACUGCCUCUAAACAGACACCCUACCUAUAUGCCAAACACAAGGAGGCUGAGCUGACCCCUCAGACGCGGCCACGCAGCAACACCUUGCCCAAGAGCUUUGGUUCCACCCUGGACCAGGCAGGCCACGAUGUUGGUGGAGAGGCCAAGGGCCACCGACCCACCAGAGAGGACACCCUGAACCUCAUCCAGCGCCGUGUCAAGGGCAAGAGAGAGGAGGACGGCUGGCCAGAGGACACCAAGAAAAUGACCAAGGAGCAGCUGUCGUGUGAGAAGACGGUCCUACAGAAGAACCUACUGCACUACGAGGGACUGCAUGGUCGACCUGUGACCAGAGAGGAGAGGCUAGUGGUCAAACCGCUGUACGACCGCUACCGCCUGGUCAAGCAGAUGCUCACCCGCGCCAGCAUCACCCCGAUCAUCGCUUCCCCCUCCAGCAAGCGACGCAACCAGACCCUGCAGCCCAUCAUCGAGGGAGAGACGGCCCACUUCUGUGACGAGAUCAAGGAGGAGGAGGAGGGUGAGGUGGAGGAAGAAGAGGCUACAGCCGAGGAGGCGGAGGUGGAGGAAGAGGAGGCCACAGCCGAGGAGGAGAGCAGCGUGGAGGUCCAGAGCUUGGGGUCAGAGGUGAUCAUGGCUCUAGACCCAGUGUUCCAGCCCAAGAUCAGCUCCCAGAGAGACAGAGACAGCCUGCUCAGGCCCAAGAUGGAGGAAACCUCCGGGAAACUGGCCCUGGACCUGCGCCUGUCCAGCUCCAACGCUUCGUCAAUGCCUGAGCUCCUGGAGCAGCUGUGGAAGACCCGGGCUGAGAAGAAGCAGCUAAGGAACACCAUCCGCCAGUUUGAGGAUGAGUUCUACCAGCAAAACGGCAGGAACUUCCAGAAGGAGGACAGGCUCCACAUGAUGGACGAAUACAAAGAGUAUAAACGGAUCAAAGCCAAGCUGCGCCUGCUGGAGGUGCUCAUCAGCAAGCAGGACUCCUCUAAGUCUAUCUAGAGAGAGAAGAGGGAGAGAGAGGCCACUCUGCUUCCCUCCACCUGACUGAAGGUCCCCCACCUCACCACGGGCUGACAUGUCACCCCUACAUGGCCCCUCCCUUAUCAACCAUCCCCCUACUUGCACCCCUGAGGGAUGGCACAGCAGCCACCAUAUCUCACUACUGUCUCCCCAAAACCACCCAUCUGAUUCUGUCAUCCCCAGCUAAUGUUCAGUGUAGGGUCCUUACUAAGGACUCUGAUGAAGAAGAGGCAUCUUCAUCCCACCAGUCAAGACUCUACACACCCUUUUGACUUCUUUCUGCCUGUUUCAUUCAGAGGAAUUCCCUCUUCCUCUUUAGAGUUUAGUUUUUUGUUUCAACUUAAUUUCUGUCAUUAAAUUUUCAUGUAUGGUAGUUUCUCAUACUGAGAAUUCAUGUUGGACAGGACAGGAGCUCGCGUUUUGUAGCGUGUUUUAGUCGCCUGGCCACAAAAUGAACUCUCCCUCAGAGCAAGGACACUGGUCAUCCUAUUUCAGAUAUUGACUCACAUGGAUUCAGUUAACCAACUCCAUCGUCAUCCUUCAACACUAUAAUGUUUUUAUGUCGUCUUGAGUGAGAUUUGUUUGGAAAAAGUAAUUAAUUAAUGUAUGUGUCUCUUGUACAUAAAUAUGUACACAUAAAUGUUUGUAUGUUGCAGUAUGUCUUUUUUCUUUAAUGAAGAGUAAUUAUCUCAAGUUUAAAAAGUGAACCUACAGUUUACAUAUCUUAUGCUAUUCCAGUUGUUCUAUUAUUACACAAUUGCCACUAUGGAAACUGAGGGAGUUUUAUCAGUUGAGACUGGUUGGCUUCUCUUUUCUGUUGUUUUUAUAUUUGGAUCAUCAGUCAUCACUGAAAGGAGUUUGGCACACACCAGGUGGGCAGGACAGCCAGUUGGGUUCAUCACUUAGCGUUGUUACCUUAACCGUCUCCAUUUUCUGGCAAUAAGGCUGGACGACUUUAGCAUAUAGAUAUGUACAUUAUUUUAUUUUUUCUGUAUGCGUUCAAUUUCAGUUGCAGAGUGGAUCUUUGUGUGAGGUGUCAUAUUGGGGUGGGGAGUUGGCUCUAAUCUAAGGCUGUUCCAACUGCAUCAGUAUUAUACUAAAUACAGCAUAUGGCAGUGUUGGGGUGUGAUGACGCUGGUUGGUGGAGUCUAUGGGAUAUGUCCCAUAGUGACCCAGAGUGUUUGGCCAGGCAAUGUAGAGCCAGGUCAUUGUCAGGUCCUGGGGAGUUGUCUGACCACUGACCACAGAGCUCUGAGAAGGCUUUACCACGGCAAAGCAGAACCAACAGCACCUCGAACCCUGACAUCAACAAGUUGACCCUGUCCCUAUAGAUCCCAAAGUUCUUCUGGGCUUCAUUUGAAAGGUCACAUGCAACUAUAACAGAUUCAAAGUGAUGCAUGUUGGGAAUGACACUGAGGUGUGUCUGGUCUUUUGGUGUCAUGCCUCCUGCCUGCCACUCCGUAGAUAUUAUCAACCCCAACCUUUGACCCCUAGCUAAACUAGCAGUCAGCCCCGGGGCAGCCUCACAUCACUAUCCUUCAGAAGCUCUCUGGACUUGACAAGACCAAGCAGGAACGUUGUCUGUUCAAAUGACUAGUUCUAGUCCUGGCAAUAAAAUACACAAACCAUUUAAGAUCUGUUGUAGACUAGAUGCCUACACACUCAUUAGGGCGGGGUGGGGAAUGACUGCUGUAUGCUAGUUGUCCAGGAAUGGUUUGGAAUGGAAGUCAUCCCCAGUGGCACUGACUGUGAAGAUCUGCAUCUGUUUCAGGAGGUGGAAUAAUGGAAGACAUUGUCAGUCAGACCAACACACCCAGAAUCGAGGGAAUCUAGUCUUGCCUGAAGGACGUUUGCGCUGAACCGAGUUUGGCCUUCGUCUCUUACUGGGACAAAACAAAGUAAUGUAAUCUUUGUUUGGGUUGGCAGGGUUUGGUAUACUGGAUGUAUGGGUGAACAGUGUAGGGAGGUUCUAGAAGUUAUUUGCACAGCAUUCUGAGAAUGCAGCCCUUGUUUUGUUUGUAGAUUUGUUCCUUGUUUAGAAGCACAACUUAUAUCGAAGGAUGAACGUCAGAAUUUGUAAUAUUUUGAACAACACGUUUGGCCCCUGUUUCAAUUUCUGUGAUGUUCAAACCUGAGUGUGUUCUUUUUUUAUUAUCUUUAUUUUGUAUAAUCUUUUUUGUAACCUCUCACUAAUACUGCUAUACAGUGUAGAGUCUAUUGGCUAAGAAUCUUCCGUUUUUUGUUUUGUAUAAGCUAGUUUUUGUAAGUAGUUGGCUUGCAUGGCAAAGAUUUGUAUUGUUUUUGUGCCAUGAAGAUCAAGCAAUAAAUUAGCAUUGAGGCCUGUAUCAAUGGAAUGUGGGGCCUUGUUAAUCCUGUACGUGCAUUUUCUGAGUAUAUGGCUGAUUAAUGUUUAAUCUAUUAAUGGGACUAACUUGGUCUGCUGUUUUCUACCUUGCAGACCAACCCAUGAAACUCUGUCACUUGACUAACUGCUGUGAGAGUUCCACUGCGACUCAGUUUUCUGUCUGCUAAACCAGCAUUUUUAUAAUUUUUGUUGUCAGCAUAAUGUUGUUUGGGGCACUGCUUUAACCAAAUGAGAAGAGAUUAUCAAUGUGGUGACAAUGAUGGAGGCACAUUUGGACCGAACAUUCCGAUUUAUAUUAUUUAAAAAGGAAAGAAAAAGUGAAAUUGGUCGAUCGAUUUGUUAUUUCCAUGUCGAAUUCUCAAGGGCUUUUUCACUCGAUUAUUUUGCAUUGUGCCUGCAGAGCCUGUUCAUAGUCCCAUGCAAUCCCACGCAUGUUUGUUUUUCUGGCCCAGGGGGCCGGUGGCAGGUUACAUCAACUGACCAGCCGAUCAGCGACUGGCUCCCAGAGCCUCUAUCUAUCUGUGGACCUGUGUUUUACAUCUAUACUGAACAAAAAUGUAAAUGCAACAUGUAAAGUGUUGGUACCAUGUUUCGUGAGCUAAAAUAAAAGAU